AUGAUCUCUCAGUUAUUUCUCGGUCUUUUGUCUAUCGCCCAUUCAUCCGCGGCAUCUCCCCGACGAGGAAUCUCUCGGCGAGGAACAGUCGGUUCUGAUGACAUAGUCGGCUUUGCGCAGACUGUCCCGUCGGGCACAACCGGUGACGUCUAUCUGGCCUACCAGCCAGAUCUGUAUGUUGUCAAUGGAUGCGUGCCAUUCCCGGCUGUUGAUGCAGAUGGAAAUACCAAUGCUGGACUGGAUAUAACUGGUGCUUCGGACGGGGACUGCAGUAGCAGUACUGGCCAAAUUUACGUGCGAGGACAGACCUCUGGCGAUUACUACGCGUUGCUCUACUCUUGGUACAUGCCGAAAGAUGAGCCCUCAUCAGGCCUCGGUCAUAGACAUGAUUGGGAGGGGGUGAUUGUUUGGCUGUCUAGUUCUACAAGUACAAACGCGGACAAUAUUGUUGCUGUCUGCCCCAGUGCCCACGGUGGUUGGGAUUGCUCGACGGAUGGCUACACUCUUGAUGGAACUGCACCGUUGAUUAGAUAUUACAGCAUCUGGCCCGUGGAUCAUCAGUGUGGGCUUACCACCACAGUUGGUGGCACGCAACCCCUAAUCGCAUGGGAAUCCUUGCCAGCUGUUGCACAAAGCGCGUUGGAUACUACUGAUUUUGGCGACGCAAAUGUUCCAUUCAAUGAUGGAAAUAUGGACUCAAACCUGGCAAAGGCUACGUUUUAG